AUGGCGAGCGUGGUGGUCAAGACAAUCUGGCAAUCCAAAGAGAUCCAUGAGGCCGGGGACCCCCCAGCGGGGGUCGAGAGCCACUCCGAGCUGGUCCCCGAGGCUCCUGAGGGGGUGAGCACCCCGGCCAAGGGGAUCACGAAGAAAAAGAAGGCCGUGUCGUUCCACGGGGUGGAGCCUCGGAUGUCCCACAAGCCAAUGCACUGGUGCCUGAACCUCAAGAGGUCCUCCGCCUGCACCAAUGUGUCCCUGCUCAACCUGGCCGCGAUGGAGCCCACUGACUCCUCAGGGACAGACUCAACCACAGAGGACAGUGGCCCGCUUGCACUGCCGGUGCCCCCUGCCUCCCCCACUCUACCCUGGGCUUCGGAUGACCCAGACAUCUCGGAAAUACUGAGUGGGGUCAACAGUGGAUUGGUCCGUGCCAAAGACUCCAUCACCAGCUUGAAGGAAAAGACCACCAGGGUUAACCAGCACGUGCAGACGCUGCAGAGUGAGUGUUCUGUGCUGAGCGAGAAUCUAGAGAGAAGGCGGCAAGAGGCGGAGGAACUAGAAGGCUACUGCAGUCAACUCAAGGAGAACUGCCUGAAGGUGACCCAGUCGGUAGAAGACGCUGAAAUAAAAACCAACGUCCUGAAGCAGAACUCUGCCCUGCUGGAGGAGAAGCUGCGUUAUCUCCAGCAGCAGCUGCAGAACGAGACACCGCGGAGGCAGGAGGCCGAGCUGCAGGAGCUGGAGCAGAAGCUGGAGGCUGGCCUCUCUCCGCAGGGCCUGGGCCCCCCCGCCCAGCCCCCUGGCUCCUCUGGCCCUCCGGGGAGCCCCAACGAACCUCCGCGACCGCGCAGCAUGGCCUCAGGCGGUUGGGGAAUGCGGCCGCGGGCGGGGGAGGGCCCCGUCGUGAGCGAGCAGGAGUUGCAGAAGGUCUCUGCCGGCCUUGAGGAGCUGAGGAGGGAGGUGUCCUCGCUGACUGCCCGGUGGCAUCAGGAGGAGGGGGCGGUACAGGAGGCCCUGCGGCUGCUCGGGGGCCUGGGCGGCAGGCUCGACGGCUUCCUGGGCCAGUGGGAGCGGGCGCAGCGUGAGCAGGCGCAGACCGCGCGGGGCCUACAGGAGCUGCGAGGCCGGGCGGAUGAGCUGUGCACCUUGGUGGAGCGAUCUGCAGUGUCUGUGGCUUCACUGAGGAGCGAACUGGAGGGGCUGGGCCCAAUGAAACCUAUUCUGGAGGAGCUGGGGCGGCAAUUUCGGAGCUCUCGAAGAGGGUCUGACCUCUCCAUGACCCUGGAUCGGCCGCCCCAAGGCUCCUGUGCCCGCUGUGCCAGCCAGGGGCAGCAGCUGUCCACCGAGUCCCUGCAGCAGCUACUGGAGCGAGCACUGACCCCCCUAGUGGACGAGGUGAAGCAGAGGGGCCUGGCUCCCGCCUGCCCCAGCUGCCAGCGGCUACACAAGAAGAUUCUGGAGCUGGAGCGCCAGGCCUUGGCCAAACACAUCAGGGCAGAGGCCCUAAGCUCCACCCUUCGGCUGGCCCAAGACGAAGCCUUGCGGGCCAAGAACCUGCUGCUGACCGACAAGAUGAAGCCGGAGGAGAAGGUGGCCACUCUGGACUAUGUACACCUGAAGAUGUGCUCCCUCCACGAUCAACUCAGCAACCUGCCACUUGAGGGGUCCACAGGGACGAUGGGGGGAGGAAGCGGUGGGGGAGCUCCCCCAAAACGUGGGGGCCCAGCCCCUGAACAAUAA